AUGACGACACCAGACCUCACAGGUCUCGACACGCACGACACCACCACCACCCCCACGACGCCCACACUGGGGGAGCAGCAACAACAAACCGGCAUGACGGACGUCCAAGUCGCCGCCCCCGCCGAGGGCGUCGCCGUCGACCAGCCGCGCCUCGCCGUUGCGCAGGCCCCAUCCUUCUGCCGACUCUGCAACGUCGAGCUGCGCGGCGCGCAGACAUGGCGGGCGCACGUCAAGAGCGACGGACACGUAUAUAAGCUCCAACUCAAGGUAGCAGAGCCCGGGAGUGUCGUCGCAUCGCCCCCGUCGCCCUCACCAGACACCAAGCAAGAGAAACCGGCACGCGCUCAGAGACGGGUAGAAAUCGACGAAGAAGAAGAAGAAGACGAUGAGGAGAAGGACGUGGAUGUGGAGGACGACGAAGAUGAAGACGAAGAGGCGCCAAUCCCCGACUUCAUCCCCGGCGAAUGCCUCUUCUGCAUGCACCCCUCCCCCGACCUCGACGCCAACCUCGCACACAUGUCCACCGCGCACGGCUUCGCCGUCCCCUUCCAGGACUUCCUCGCCGUCGACCUCGAGACCGUCGUGGGGUACCUGCACUUCGUCAUCUGCGGCUACCGCGAGUGCAUCAGCUGCGGCGCGCGCAAGGCCUCCGUCGAGGGCGCCCGCCAGCACAUGCUCGCCCGCGGCCACUGCCGCUUCGACGUCUCCCCCGACACGGAGGAGUUUUACGAGAUGCCCAGCCUGCCUGACACUGUCGAGCAGAUGCAGCGCCGGCAGCGCGGCGACGAGUCUGGUGCUGUGCCCGUGCGGUUGCCCUCGGGGAAGCUCGUCGCGCAGCGCCGGAACCCUGACGUGCAGGAACCACGUGCGCCUCGGCGGCAGACGACGCCAGAUCGGGAGCGCGACUCGCUGCCCCAGCCCUCGAGAACUUCAGCAGCGACGGCAGCGUCGUCGUCGUCGACAGCAGCAGCACCGUCUGAGAGCCGCGAGGUCGCCCAACGGGGUGGAGCAAGCGGCGGCAACGGCCAGCUCGUGCGCAGCAACGAGGCCAUUCUCGCCGCGCAGCUGUCCCGGCUGCGCAUAGCGGGCGACCGGGCGCAGCACAAGAUCGAGGCGCGGAAGCGGCGCUGGGUCGACCGGAGGAACAACCUCACGAAAUCCAAGCACUUUCGCAUCGAUGCCGGCGACAGCCGCUUCGGCAAGGGGUUUUUUUGCUGA